GCAGUACCUGUGGACCUGGAACGCAUCAUGUGUCGACUAAUCUCAGACUUCCAGCGCCACUCCAUCUCGGAUGAUGACUCAGGCUGUGCAUCAGAGGAGUAUGCCUGGGUGCCCCCGGGCCUAAAACCUGAGCAGGUUCCACAUCUUCAGGUUCAACCAGUUGUGGAUCAAGAUUUGAAAAAAAAAAUUGCACUUGUACUAAACACAUACAGACUUUUUUCCUUGUCAUUAUUUUCCUAAACAAUACUUCUUUUUUAUGGUGCUGGAGAUUAAACCUAUGGUCUUGGACUUGUUAGGCAAAUGCUCUACUAUUGAUUUAUACCCCUAGACUGUAAACAAUACAACUAUUUAAAUAGCAUUUAUAUUGUAUCAGGCAUUACAAGUAAUGCAGAAAGGAUUUAAAGUGUGUGGGUGGAUGUGUAUAGGUUAUAUGCAAACACUGCACCAUCUUAUACAAGGAACUUGAGCAUCUGCUGAUUUUGAUAUCCAUGAGGGGUCCUGAAACCAAUCCCCCAAAGAUCCCAAAGGAUGACUAUAUGUUUACAUGUUUGUUUAUUGGCUAUUUCUCUUUUCAGGAAUCUAAACUUCACAUGGAAAGAUAUAUUUGGUUUUUUUGGUACUAGGGAUUGAACCCUAUGGUUCUUUACCCCUGAGCUACAUCUCCAGUCCUUUUAUUUUUUUUUUCUUUUUUACAAUUUUGAGAAAGGGUCUCACUAAGUUGCUUAGGGCCUCACUAAAUUGCUGAGGCCAGUCUCAAACUUGGAAUCCUCCUGCCCCGACCUCCUGAGUUACUGGGCCUACAGAUGUGAGCUACUGCACCGAGCAGGAUAUGUUGUGUGUAUGUGUGUGUGUGUGUGUGUAUUGCAGUGCUGGGGACUCAACCAGGGUUAAGGGAAAAAUGGGAGGAGAGGAAGUGGAGUGCACAUAAGCAUUCACAACUCUUUUGAGGAAUUUUGCUGUACAGAAAAAGGAGAAAAGUGGAGCAUAACUGGAGGGGAAAGUAGGGUCAAGACAUGAGAACUCUCAGCAUAUUUGGGAGCUUUAGGGAGAAGGAGGAACCAAGAGACGUUCCCCUGAUGAGUUUAAUUUUUUAGAGAGGCAGGGACCCACCAUCUCAUUGCAUCCCUACCACCCUUAAUCUCAAUUAUUUUCUCCUACCCACCCCCACCAUGUCCUCCCAGGUAUACCAGUUUUUCAGCUGCCUCCCAGAAGAUAAGGUCCCCUAUGUCAACAGUCCUGGGGAGAAAUACAGGAUCAAGCAGUUGCUGCAUCAGCUGCCCCCACACGAUAGUGAGGCACAGUACUGCACAGCACUGGAAGAGGAGGAGAAGAAAGAACUGAGAGCCUUCAGUCAGCAGCGGAAGCGAGAGAAUCUGGGGCGUGGAACUGUACGCAUCUUCCCAGUGACCAUCACUGGGGCCAUCUGUGAAGAGUGUGGGAAGCAGAUUGGAGGUGGGGACAUUGCGGUGUUUGCCAGCCGUGCAGGCCUGGGUGCCUGCUGGCACCCACAGUGCUUUGUGUGCACCACAUGCCGGGAGCUGCUUGUUGACCUCAUCUACUUCUAUCAUGCUGGCAAGGUCUACUGUGGGCGUCACCAUGCUGAACGCCUGCGCCCACGCUGCCAAGCCUGUGACGAGAUCAUUUUUUCCCCUGAGUGCACAGAAGCUGAGGGCCGGCACUGGCAUAUGGGUCACUUCUGCUGCUUCGAGUGUGAAGCUUCACUAGGAGGGCAGCGCUAUGUCAUGCGGCAAAGCCGCCCCCACUGCUGUGCCUGCUAUGAGGCCCGACAUGCGGAGUACUGUGAUGGCUGUGGGGAGCACAUCGGCCUGGACCAGGGCCAGAUGGCUUAUGAGGGUCAGCAUUGGCACGCUUCAGACCGCUGCUUCUGCUGCAGUCGCUGUGGCAGAGCCCUAUUGGGCCGCCCCUUCCUGCCCCGACGUGGCCUAAUCUUCUGCUCCCGAGCCUGUAGCCUUGGGUCUGAGCCCACCGCUCCAGGGCCCGGCCGCCGCAGCUGGAGCGGAGGCACAAUCGCCGCCCGGCUGGCAACUUCCUCGUCCUCUUUCCCUGCUGCGGAGGUGAAUUCUGAGACGGCCACCAAAGGCACCUGCACGGAGGCGGCGCCUGCUACAGGCGCCGAGGAGCCCUCCCCCUUUACGAGAGGGGCCCCCCAUCGCCACUCCAUGCCCGAGCUGGGGCUCCGCAACGCUCCGGAGCAACCCCUGGAGUCUCCAGAGCAACCAGACCUGCGUCCUGACGAUAGUGCCUUUGGCCGCCAAAGCACCCCUCGUGUUAGUUUCCGUGAGCCUCUGGUCUCAGAGGGAGGUCCGCGGAGGACCCUGAGUGCACCUCCGGCCCAGCGCCGCAGGCCACGUAGUCCCCCACCUAGGGCCCCCAGCCGUCGCCGCCGCCGCCACCAUCAUCACAACCACCACCACCACCACCGCCACACGGGCCGACGUGGCUACCAUCGCUGUGACUUGGGAUCAGGGUCCGACUCAGGAUCUUGCUCCAGCUCACCCUCCAGCCCCAGUUCUGAAUCCUCUGAGGAUGAUGGAUUCUUCCUAGGGGAACGUAUUCCACUGCCCCCUCACCUGCGCAGGCCCACAACCUCUCCCAACAGUGCAGCUGAGACUUUAGGCUCUGUGACCCCACAGCUCCAUGGGGAUUCUCGCACAGGGAUGCCUCGCCAGGCCCGAGACAAGAACUGCAUCGUGGCUUAAAGACCUAGGCAGCUCUGGAGGGGGCUCUAUUCUCUGAUAAGCGUAGAUGAUUCCGCCCACCCUGAACUAAGUCAAGUACCCUUUCUUCCUCCCUCUUUCUUCUGUUUGUAUUAUUGAAAUAAUUUAAUGUUUGUCGUAAAACA